AUGCUUCCUGCCUCCACGGGGAACCUUUCCACCUCUCUUAGAACAUUUGUCUCCGACAUUUGUAAAAUCAAAGGAGACCUUCAGCGGUUCAACUUGAGUAGCAACAAAGUUACAGGAUUUAUUGGAGAUCAUAUAUGUAAAUUGCAGCAUCUGGGUGAUAUUUACUUGGAUCAAAAUCAACUUUCAGGAUCUCUCCCUAAUUGUUUAGGGAAUAUUACUUCCCUUAGGGAGAUACAUCUCGGUUCCAACAAAUUGAGUUCCAAUAUACCAACAAUCUUAGGGAACCUUCAAGAUCUAGUGGUUCUUGACUUAUCGUCAAACAACAUGGUAGGUUCUUUACCUCCAGAAAUUGUAAAUCGAAAGGCUGCGACACUGAUAGAUCUGUCAAUGAAUCAAUUCUCAAAUGGAAUUCCUACAGAAAUUGGAGGCUUGCAAAAUCUGGCAAACCUUUCUUUGACACACAAGAAGUUGCAAGGAGCUUUACCUGACUCAAUGAGCAACAUGGUAGGUUUGGAAUUCCAAGACCUUUCUCACAAUAAUAUAUCUGGAAUCAUUCCUAAGUCUUUGGAGAAACUUCAAAACUUGAAGUAUUUCAAUGUUUCUGUCAACAAAUUGUAUAGAAGAGGUAAAAGUGCGCCUCAACAAGCUGAGUCAUUGUCUACCGUAACACGAGAAAGAAUUUCACACUAUGAACUGCUCCAAGCAACGGAUGACCUUAGUGAGAGUAAUCUGAUUGGUUUUGGAAGUUUUGUCUCUGUUUACAAAGGUGUUCUCAGAAGUGGAACUUCCAUUGCAGUUAAAGUGUUCAACCUGCAACUGGAUGCGGCAUUCAAGAGUUUUGAUACGGAAAGUGAUGUUUUGUGCAGCCUUCGUCAUAGGAAUCUCGUUAAAGAAUAUCUUCACCAUGGGUGCUCGUUGCCUGUGAAUCACUGUGACGUGAAGCCUAGUAACAUCUUGCUGGAUGAAGAUAUGGUUGCCCACCUUAGCGACUUUGUCAUCUCAAAACUGCUUGGUGAAGAUCAGGGUGAUUUGUACACUAAAACCUUAGCAACGUUAGGUAAUAUUGCACGAGAGUAUGGACUGAAUGGACUAGUGUCAACAAAGUGUGACGUAUAUAGCUACGGAAUCAUGUUUCUGGAAACGUUUACUAGGAGAAAGCCUUAUGAGUUUGAGGGUGACCUUAGCUUGAAGCAUUGGGUGAGUUAUUCACUCCCAGAGGAAGUAAUGGACGUCGUAGAUGUCAACUUCGUGACACCAAUUGGUAAUCUCUUACAGAAGGAGCUAGAUGUUGUGGCAUCAAUCAUGAAAGUGGCAUUAGAUUGUUGUGCUGAAUGUCCGGCGAAAAGGACUAACAUGAAAGAUAUUGUAGCGAUGCUGCAGAAGGUCAAGAUUCAACUUCUUGCAUGUUGA